ACCGCGUGGCCCCUUGGCCAGUUAUCCAUGUUCCAGCUGACAGCCACGCCAGCAAGUGCCCUUGCGGAUGAGCCAGUACACAUCCGAGCGACAGGCCUGGCCCCGUUGCAGAUGGUGACCCUUACAGCAUCUCUGAAGGAUGAAACGGGGAAGCUAUUCCGCUCUAAAGCCUUCUACAGGGCUAACGAGGCUGGCGAGCUGGACCUGAAGCAGGCGCCUUCAUUCGGAGGCGACUACGUGGGGGUCCAUCCCAUGGGCCUCUUCUGGUCUUUGAAGCCCGAGAGGCCUUUUGGAAGGCUGCUUAAGAGGGAUGUGAUGAGCAGCCCUUUUUUGGUCACUCUGAACCUGUACAACUCAGUCUGCUUCCAAUAUUCAGCUACGGUUGAGCCCGGGGCCAGCCAGGUGGUGCAGCGUUGGUUCUUCAGCCCUGGGACGCAGCGCGUGCAGAUCCGAGAAGGCCGGGUGCGAGGAGCCCUUUUCCUCCCUCCAGGAGAAGGUCCUUUCCCGGGAAUCAUUGAUUUGUUUGGGGGCUUUGGGGGUCUAGUUGAAUUUCGAGCCAGUCUUUUGGCUGCCCACGGCUUUGCAGUGCUGGCAUUAGCAUAUUUUGCCUAUGAAGACCUGCCCAACCUGCUGGAGGUGGACCUGGACUAUUUCGAGGAAGCUGCCAACUUACUACUAGCUCACCCCAAGAUCCAAAGGCCAGGAAUUGGAGUGAUCUCUGUGAGCAAAGGUGCAGAGAUUGGGCUGGCCAUGGCCUGCUUUCUGAAGCAAGUGGUAGCCAUCGUCUGCAUCAAUGGACCAAAUGCUAUCUUUGAAUUUCCGCUCAGGUACAGAAACCUGGUUAUUACACCCAUCCCCUCAUUUCUGGAGCGCAUGCAGAUCGAUGUCUCAGGGGCUGUGCGCCUCCGCCACUACAGGGGUGACCCCCGGGAUAAAUUGAAUCAGCAGAGUGUGCUUCCUGUUGAAAAGGCGGGGGGUCAGAUCCUCUUCAUUGUAGGAGAGGAUGACGAAUCAUCGAAUAGCAGAGAACAUGCUAAGCAGGCCCUGGACCAGCUGCGGAGCCACGGGAGAAGCAAUGGAAGGAUGCUGGUCUACCCUGGGGCAGGCCACCUCAUAGAGCCGCCCUAUGCACCCCUGUGCUAUGCUUCCCAAAACAACCACCUUUCCGUACCCCUGCUCUGGGGAGGGGACCCUGUUGCUCACGCGGCAGCCCAGGAGCACGCCUGGGGAGAGAUCCAGAAAUUCUUCAGGCAGCACCUCAGUCAGGCCAGAAGCCAACUCUGA